AUGUCAAGUGGGGGAAACACUCACUGGUGCUACCAAUGUGGGCAGCCCGUUCGGGCCCGGUCCCGUGCCCGCAAUCCCGUCUGCCCAUACUGCGACGGCGGUUUCAUUCAGGAACUCCCCGAAUUAACCCAUCCCAACAAUGUUGCUGGCUUUCCAUUUCCCGACCCUUUCCAAAACUCGAGAUUCGGCCUAACAGACGCUUUAACCGCCCUCAUGAGGCGCAGGAUGACCGGAUUUGACCCAACCUUCGACAUUCGGGCCCGUCCAGAGCAGAGGGGCCCGUUACUGAUCCUCCAGGGCCCAUCCUCCAGCCAGGACCCAUUUGACCUCUUCUUCGGCACUGCUGACCCUGGGAUGGGCCCUAGACGGGCCGACCUCGCCGAGCUCUUCGCGGGCCACCAUGGGCUGCACGAGCUUAUCGAGAGGCUGGCCGUAAAUGACCGUCGUGGCCCUCCCCCAGCCCCGCGCUCGGCUAUCGAAGCCAUGCCGACUAUAAAGAUCACGCAGAGGCAUCUCAAUACUGACGCGCAUUGUCCCGUUUGUCAGGAUAAGUUCGAGCUCGGGUCGAAGGCUCGACAGAUGCCGUGCGACCAUAUUUACCAUUCGGACUGUAUUGUUCCAUGGCUAGUUGAGCAUAACUCGUGCCCCGUUUGUCGUGUGGAGCUGCCUUCGCACUAUAAUGGGCGGGCUCGGCCGAACUCGGGUGGCAGGAGAGAGAGCAAUGGGGGCUCUCAGGGGCGUUGGAAUCCGUUCUCGUUCUUGUGGCCUUCGAAUUCGAGCCAAAAUAACAGUUAUGGGAAUAGUAAUGAGAAUGAGCACCGUGGUUCGGAGAAUAAUGGAAGGAGUGGAUCGGCGGGUGAGGAGAAUAGCAGGAUGAGGUGGCCUUUUGAUUAUUGA